AUGGAAAAUUUGAGAAAAAAGAAGCGCACACGAAACGGUCAUCGCGGGUUUGUAAAAUGGAUCCUCGCUGAAGUCGGAGAAAUGAUAGACAUUGCCCCACAAGAUAAACAGCUGAUACAGAACCGUAAAAUAACAAUAGAAGAUAAGCUGCAGGGUAUCCAGUCGCUUGUUAGUGAGAUAUUGCGUCUUUUAGAAGACAUUGAAGACUUGGAAGAAGACGUUCUUUUGAGUGAAAUCGAAGAAGCAGGGUUGUUGAGAACUAAAAUGAAGGAAUCGAUACGAAGGUUAGAAGAAGCGUUGAUACCUGUCGUAGAGUCUGAACACAACUCUGUACGAUCGAUUGAAGACGAACAAGCACUGAGUCGUCGAAAUGUUCGAGUGAAGCUUCUAAAAUUGGAGUUGCAGAAAUUUGACGGAAAGAUCGAGCAUUGGCAAGAGUUUUGGGACUCUUUUUGUAGCUCAGUCGACCAAAAUGCUGAAUUGUCUGACGUCGACAAGUUCUCCUAUCUUCGCGGCUUAUUGAAGGAUAAAGCGAAAGACUCAAUUUCUGGUUAUGCAUUGACGGCAGCAAUUUACGAGCUGCCUGAAACUGUUCGAUUGAAUCUUUUGCGUGGAAAGAGGCACGAAGAAUGGACGAUGGACGAGUUACAUGUGGAACUGUUAGCGGAAGUAGAACUGCGAGAAGAGCAUUCAAAGCCGAAGUUGCAGCAAAGGGACGACGGAGGUAAGGAAGAACAAGGAACUGCAGCAGCACUAACAACAAAAGCAGGAGACGAUCGUUGUGCUUUUUGUUUGGAAAGGCAUCCGCAUGAGAACUGUAAAAAAGUAAGGGGCAUUAUCUCUAAGAAUUGCCCAAAUAAGGUAAACUGUAAACAAUGUAACAUGGGUGGGCAUCACGUAUCCCUUUGUGAGUUAAAUACCCUAGUUGACUCUGGGAAUGUUGCGAGAAGUAAUGUGAGUCAAAAUUUGCAUGUCGGCUCCGAGUGUCGUGUUGUACUGCAUACUGCUCAAGGCUUGCUAAGGGGUGCUAAUCGGGAGGCACGCUUAAGAGUUAUGUUUGAUACUGGUAGUCAUAAAUCAUUUGUUAGGUCUAAGACGGUUAAGGCAGCGGGGUUACCUGUUAACAGGAAGGAAUGGCUUGAAAUUACAACGUUUGGGAAGGCGAUGAGGGAUAAUCAGCUACGAGAUGUUUUUGAGCUUGAGAUUGCACCUUUAAAAGGGUCGAAAUCGUUUAAAAUGGAAACGUUCGGUGUGGAAUCGAUAGCUCAAGUAGCAAAUGAGCACGUCGAAUUGCGUAGGGGGGAGUAUCCUCAUUUACGUGAUGUCUGGCUUUCAGAUGUGUCUAAGUCUAAAGAUGUGUUUGAGAUAUAUGUAUUAAUAGGUUCAGAUUAUAUUUGGCUCCUUCAAAAUGGAAAGACUGUGCGUGGAGAACCUAAUGAACCGGUUGCUGUAGACACAAGUUUGGGUUGGGUACUGUCAGGGCAGGAUAAGGGAUUGUGUGAAAGUGCACGAACGCAGCAGAUAUCAAGUCAAAUUGCCUUGGAAGGACGCCACAAUCCCUUGCCCUCAAACUACAACGUCAGUGUGAAACGUCUUAAAGGACAAUUGACGAAACUGAGACAAGACUCAAACACCUUAAACAAAUAUGAUAAGAUAAUCAAAGAGUUAGAAUCCGGAAUAAUAGAGAAAGUGGUUGAAUUAGAGAAACCAGGAAGAGUACAUUAUUUAGCACAACAUGCAAUUGUCAAAAAGGAAGCUAAAACUACCAAGGGUAGAGUGGUGUACGAUGCGUCUUGCAAGGAGAAUAAGAAUAGUGCGUCUUUGAAUGAUUGUUUGCAUGUCGAUCCGUCUUUGGCUCCUUUUCUUUUUGAUAUUUUGUUGCGCUUUAGGGAAAAGCGUGUUGCGCUUCUUGCGGAUAACGAAAAGACUUUUCUGAACGUUGAGGUCGCUAAAGAAGACCGCGAUGUUUUGCGAUUUUUGUGUGUAGGAGACGUAAGUUCUUGCACGAAUAGACCAAUGGUAUUCCGAUUCUGUCGAGUUGCAUUAGGCGUGAACUGUUCUCCAUUUCUUUUGAAUGCGACACUUCGUUACCAUUUUGAUAAAUUUGUUGAACGUGAUGGCGACUUUGUUCAGAAACUUAAAAAUAGUUUUUAUGUAGAUGAUCUUAUUUCGGGAGAUAAAACUGAAAACGAUGCGAUAACUUUAUUCAAAAUCGAAAAACGUGUUGUUAAAUGGAGGAUUUCGAUUGCGAAAAUGGUUGAGUAG